AUGAACCCCGCCACGCAAGACACCAUCGAAACGUUGCGGCAGCUUCAGAAGCUCUCGAGAGAACUCCAGCCGGUAAAGGCGGCUUUGGCGGCCCUUGUCAAACGUGAGCAGGCGAAUCCAACCCCUUUAGCGGCGGCUGUAUCGCUAGAUAAGAUAGCGUCACGUGUAUUUAACGUGUCUCGAAUGUACAGUGCCUUUUUUGACCGGGCCUCCUUUCUCUUGGAGCGCGAGCUGCCUCGUCUGCAGUGCAUGACACCGCUUCUAGGGAUGAAAGAGGAGGAUGACAAGAGACCCACCUCCAACGCCGCGAAUAAAAAGGAUGAUGUCGCACAUGAUGCUUUUCGUUACGUCUGCUCACCAACGAUGCCACAUAUAUUAAACAGGGCAAAUUAUCAUAUAUUGCGUGGUGUGUUGCGGCUGCGCAUGGAGAUGGUUGACUACCUCAUCGCCACCAAGCGCUACCAGCUGGCGUUUCACGUUGCAGACGUUUACGGACUACCGCUGUUUUGGUUUCCAACGCUCAUUUCACUAUUACUUCCCCCACUUCCACCUAUUCAGGGCGGCAGUAUCAGCGGCGCCAGCAACAACAACAGCAACAGCAACAAUGUCAAUAAUAAUUCAUCGGAAAAUCAGGGCAGAAGGUCAGAAUCGUUGCCCACAUCCGCCUUUGUCACACCAAGCCUGAUACCUUCCCAUCCAGAGGAGCAGGGGACGGCCUACGGCACAGUGGCGCCGGAGCACAUUGCCAUUCAGUGUAUUGAAGCAAGGCAUUCCGUCACAGAAGCCAUCGAGUACUGUGAGGAACGACUGCUACCUGCCGUGGAGCGCAUUGAUAACAAGCGACGGCAAAAAGUUUUGAUGAUGUUGCAUGAUCUUCUGGUGGAACUCCAUGCUACAAGGCUGCUACAAAUUUUCCGAGAUGGAACAACCGCCGACCACGUUGUUGUGCAAUACAUUGCAGCGCACCUUCUGCCACAUGCAUCACGAAGGCCAGCUUUUGUGCAGGCCAUUAUCAAUGUUGCAACGCCACGGAAUGAGCCCUACAACAGUCCAGGAACCAAUGCGGAGAAACCUUCAACAAGCGACGCUGAAGAGCGUUGUGCGUCGUCGUCAAAGGCAAAGGCAGAAAGUUUGCUCUCACAGAAGAACGAAGAGUCGGCGCGUCUUGUGGUUUCUAUGAUGUCUGUAGAAGGCUACCACAAGCUUGCUGUGUCAUUUCAUAAAGUGGCAAUUCUGCUGGGAUCCCAACUCCUCUCCGUCAGUGAAGCCCUCGGAAGACUUCAUGGUAAGGAGGUAGAGAGUGAGGAAGCGGUGCACGGCUGGACGCAUCCGCUGCCGGAUCUUGUGACGCGCCUGGUUGCCACCUCCAUCUUUUUGAAAGACGAGUACUUUGAUCGCAUGGUACUGGAAAGACGUGCCGCCGUUUCCCCAUUUAACCCGCCUAUUCCGGAGACCCACCUAAACACUCAAUCCGGGUCCGUCGCAUUUGACCAAUCAAUGAUGACUCUAGUGGAGGAGACGCUUAGUAGCACCCUCGUGUUGGGUUCACGCAAUGAGGAACCCAGUACAGUGUCACUGACGGCAGGAGAUCUUCUCGACGCAGAGGAACGCUGGAGCAACGACGUACUCUUCAUCAAACGCCCCACGCGCUUCUACUGCUACUUGACAAAGGAGUGCCUUGACGGUGGGACAGGUGGAAACUACCCGGUUGCACUCCCGAACGGGACUGUUGUGUCUAAGCUUGCCGUGAUGCAGUACUGUAUGAAGAAAAGCAAUGAGGGCAAUCUUUCCCAUAAUAUCGUGGUGUGUCCACGCACGAAGGAGGAGUUUUCAUUUUCAUCACUGAGACGCAUAUUUGUGACAUGA